AUGACUACGUUAUUAGCACGUUUCGAUGGAGCUUUUGUUGGACAUGCUAUUGCAUCUAAUCAUAAUUCAUCAGUACUUAUGGCAUCAAAUCUUGGUGAGACUCUUCUUGAUUGUAAAGGAUUUAAUGGGCCAGAUAUUUUAUCAAGAUAUCUUUAUCUCUAUCAUGUAAAUAAAUGUGAAAUUGGUGAAAUAACAAAAUAUGUUUAUCAACAAGCAUUAACACAUAUCAAUACAAGAUCAUCGAUUAAUCGUGAACAAUUUCUUUUUGAUCAAUCAAUAGUAGAUGAAUUUGUUAAAGCAGCUGAUAAAAAAUAUGAUGGUUAUACUGCUGGUUGUGGUCCAGUACAACGUUCAUUUCCAUUAGCUUUCUGUGCUUAUAUUAGUGAUGAAGAUUUAGCAGAUAUUAGUAUGGCUGAAGCUAAAUUAACUCAUUAUAGUCCAUUAGCAGGUCAAGUAGCUGCUAUUGUAAAUUGUAUUUGUCGUGGUCUUCUUAAAAAUCAAACUUGGCAUGAUGCAAUUAAUUCAGCAUUUACAAUACCGAAUCUUCAUGAAGAUAUACGAAUGAUAUUAGGACGACAUGCUCGAUGGUCUAAUCCAGCUACUACAACACAUCCAGCUUUUGCACCAACAGUACUCAAUGCUGCACUUCAUUAUGUUUCUUCAUCAAAAAAUGCAGCACAAGCAAUUGCAGCUGCAGAUGCAAAAGAUCGAAAUUAUUGUGCACCUAUUGUUGGAAUAUUAGCGGGUGCACGUUGGGGAAUUCCAGAACAAAUGUUUAUAGAUAAUAUUAAUAAUUCACAAUUAAAAAAUCUUCGUGAGACAGCUAAUAGACUAGUUAAUCUAUGGAAUACUGAAAUAAACACUAUAAAAUGUCGAAGUCAUUCGAUAAAUGUACGAGCAGAUAUUAAAUCAAAGAAAAAUAAAUUAACAAAAAUAGAUUUUUUAUUUUCUCCCGAUCGAAUUUUUGAUGCAUCAAAAUCAGCUGGCUAUAAUCCAGCACAACGUUCAUAUCUACUUGCUCUAUGUCCAUGUAUUGAUGAUAAAAAAUUAUUUGAAAUGUCAUAUGGAGAAGCACAAUUAACACAUUUUAGUUCUCAUGCUGGACAAGUAUCUGGUAUAAUUAAUUUAAUUUGUCGACGUUUAAUAAAACGUGAUGAAUGGAAUGAUGCAAUAAAUUUCUCAUUUGAAACUACUCUAUCAAGUGAUAUAAAAGAAAUUCAAAAACGUUAUCAAUCUGAUCCUAUUCUAAAUUCUUAUGGAAGUUCAGCAUUUGCAUCUAAUGUUCUACGUAUAAUUUUUAAUUCAUUUGCCAUAGCUUUAGAAUAUGCGUAUUCAAUAGAAAGAGAUUAUUGCCUAACAUUGGUGGGUUUAUUAGCUGGUGCUUGA